AUCAUCACCUCCGGCCGCAUUCCAUCUCGCACCUCCAUCGAUACAGCUCCUCAAAGAAAGCGCCGCCAACACACGCUCCAUUAUUCCAUCUACGCAGGACAGGACCAGCUCUGCCAUGGCGCGGCCAGCCCACUUCCCGGCGUGGCUCCCCCUCCUGGUGCUCCUCCUCGCGGCCGGAGGCGCCACGGCGCAGACCUGCCUCACCGCGACCUUCACGGGCGGCCGGACGUUCCUCAAGUGCAACGCGCUCCCCGUGCUCGGCGCCAGCCUGCACUGGACGUACCACGCCGAGAACGGCACCGCCGACAUCGCCUUCCGGGCGCCGUCCAGCACCACCGGGUGGGUCGGCUGGGGCAUCAACCCCACCAACACCCGCAUGGCAGGCAGCAACGUCUUCGUCGCCUCGCAGGACGCCAGCGGCGUCGUCUCCGUGCUCACCACUAUCCUGGCGACCACGUCGCCCAGCCUGACCAACCAAUCCCUCAGCUUCGCCGUGCCCGUCCCGGCCAGCGCCGAGUACAGCGGCGGCGCCUACACCAUCUACGCCACCGUGGCGCUGCCCAGCAACUCCAGCUCGCAGAACACCGUGUGGCAGGCCGGGCCCAGCAACGGCGGCUCCAUCCUGCCGCACGACUUAACGGGGCAGAACGUCCUCGGCAUGCAGAAUUUGGACUUCCUCUCCGGUGCCAGCACCGCCGCCUCCAACUCCAGGCUCCACCGCCGUAACCUUCACGGUGUGCUGAACGCUGUCGGAUGGGGCAUCCUGAUCCCCCUCGGCGCCAUGAUUGCCCGCUACCUCCGCGUCUUCGAGGCCGCCGACCCGGCGUGGUUCUACCUCCACAUCACCUGCCAGAUCUCCGGGUACGCCCUCGGCGUCGGCGGCUGGGGCCUUGGCCUCAAGCUUGGCAGCGAGUCCGCCGGCCUCACUUACAAUCCCCACCGCAACAUUGGCAUCGCCAUCUUCUCCCUCGCCACAGCCCAGGUGUUUGCUCUGUUCAUGAGGCCGAACCCCAAGCACAAGUACAGGGUGUACUGGAACGUCUACCACCACUCCAUCGGCUACUCCGUCAUCGUCCUCGCCAUCGUCAACAUCUUCAAGGGGCUCAACAUCCUCAAGCCGGCCACCGGCUGGAAGACGGGCUACAUCGUCAUCAUCGCCAUCCUCGGCGGCGUCGCGCUCGUCCUCGAGGCCAUCACCUGGGUCAUCGUCCUGCGGCGGCGCAAGCGCAACCAGUCGUCUGGUUACGGCAACGGGACCAACGGCACCGGCCUGCAGCUAUAAGCGGAUCGGACUUCACUCGAUCGUACGCCGUGUGCUUUGCGCUGGGCCACGCGUACGUGUAGUUUUGCUGCUGCGAUGUGUUUAUGUCUUUGAGCCUGUUCCAUGUUUUAUCUUUCUGUCUUACUGCUUCUCUAGUAGAUAUUUCUCUCUUUUUUUCCUUCUUCUUUGGUGACAUUGUACACAUUCUUUCUUCACAUUGAUGUAUGAUUACUUUCAUUUAUAUGCAUAGUGUAUGAUCUCAA